AUGACGCAGCAGCAGCUACAGCAGCCGCUGCAGCAACAGCCGCCGCAGCAGCAGCUGCUGCAGCCGCAGCAGCCGCAGCAGCAGCAGCAGCAGCCACAGCCUCCAGUUGUGCGGCGGCCGCUUCCUUUUGCUGCUCCUGGAGCUCCUGCUCCCAUUCCUGCUACAACAUUUUACGCUCAAAAACCAUCUGCUGCUGCUGCUGCUGCUGCACCAUCAAGCGGAUGGUCUCCUCCACGAACAGGAGCAGCAGCAGCAGGAGCAGCAGCAGCAACAGCAGCAACAGGAGACACAACAUUUCGUUUUGGUAAGUUUGCUGGUAAGACAUUUGCUUAUGUUGCUGCAGCAGACAGCAGCUACUGUCGAUGGGCACAAUCCCUUGAUAACCCAAAGGGGCAGCUUGCUGCAUUUGUUGCAUACCUGCAGCAGCAGCAGCACCAGCAACCGCAGCAGCAGCAGUUGCAGCUGCAGCGGACGCAGCAGGGUGAUGGGGGGAAGCAGCAGCAGCAGCAGCAAAAGCAGCUCAAGCUGCAUCUAUCGCCUAAUAAAACUGUACGCUUAGCGUCAAAUGCAGCAGCAGCAGCAAGAGCAGCAACUGCAGCAGCUGCUGCACCUUCAAUGUCAAUUAUCUCUCGUGCAGCAACAGCAGCAGCAGCACCAGACGCAGCAACGCUGCAGCAGCACACCCCUGCCCCCCAGUUAGGUUCAAAUAUACACUACGCGGCGAACUCAGCAGCAGCAGCAGCUGCUGCUGCUGCUCCCAAUUCUGCUGCUGCAGGAGCAGCAGCAGCUGCUGCUGCUGCUAACUCAGCAGUUGAUGAUCUCGCGAGCGAUUUUGACUUCGACAUCAGUGUGCUGCAGGGCGAGGACCAGCAGCAGCAGCAACAACAACAGCAGCAGCAACAGCAGCAGCAGCAGCAGCAGGUUCCUGGGCCUGCCAAAGAUGGCCUGCAGUUCUUGGAUGAUUUCCGCUAUGGCAGUGCGCCUGCAUGCAACAGCAGCAACGGCAGCAGCAGCAGCAGCAGCAGCACGCCAUUCUCGCGUGUUCUCCCGUUUGGCAAGAAACGCGGAUCAGCUGAAGCAGCACCACAUGGUGCAGCAACAGCCCUAUCACCAGCAGCAGCAGCAGCAGCAGCAGCAGGUGCAUGCCCUACAUUGCAUGUAGAGGCGACGAUAUCCUUAGAGGUCUGCGCACCAGAGAAGUUUCGUGUUGUUGCGCUGCAGCAGCAGCAGCAGCACAGGAAGCAUGCAACAACAUACAGCAGCAACAAAGGUGCUGUAUGGAGCCCCUUGCUGCCAAGGCCUGUAGGAGAAUAUCUCCAGAGUCUUAAGGCCGAGUGGGCAGCAGAGGAGAAGGAAUCCAACAAUGGAGACUUGGGCAGCAGCAGCAGCAACAGCAGCAGAAGGAUAGGCUGCGGCAGCGCCGUUGAUCCUGGCCCCUUCGAUGCAUGCAGAUAUUCUCAAGUACUUGAAGGGCUUAAAAAGUGUUUUACGUUUACUGGAUUUGAGCCGAUCCCUUCAUUUGUUCUUCGAGCGUUUGCUGCCUUCCAACGAUUUGCUGCUGCUGCUGCUGUACCCAAGAAAACAGCAUUGGUGCUGCUGCGUCAUAAACUUCCUCCUUCUCCUCAGCUACUAAGUCUGCAGCAUCAGCAACAACAAUAUCUACAACAACAACAGCAGCAACAGCAGCAGCAACAGCAGCAGCAGGAGCACGAUCCGAUUCUAACAUCCAAUAAAAGAACAGCCGCAGCAGGAGCAGCAGCAGCAGCAGCAGCAACAGCAACAACAGCAACAGCAGCACCAAAUACGUCAUCGGAUCCAUCUUCUUUAACAGCACCACCAUCAGCAUCACCAUCAACAGCACCAACAGUAGCAGGAGCAGCAGCAGGAGCAGCAUCAGGAGCAGGAGGAGCAGCAGCAGCAGGAGCAGCAGCAGCAGCAGCAGCAGCAGCAGCAGUAAUAGACCCGAAAUUAUUUGCAUCCUUACGGGAUUUUCAGAAGGAUGGAAUUUCAUUUGGAUUAAAAAGACAUGGAAGAAUUCUUAUCGCUGAUGAGAUGGGACUAGGGAAGACUAUACAGGUAUAG